CCGUCUACCACUCCUUCACGAAACCUCAAAUUCGAUCAAUUGAGCACAAAACGAACCCUCGAAACCCCAAAAACAUCCCAGUCCUGAGAACAGCCUCAGCCAACGAGUCUCUUCUAACUUAUACGCCGCAACACCCGAAUAGCAUCGACAAAAAAAAAGCCAUCAUAUUCCCUAUUCCCGGCGGCUUGCAGCUGCAUCCAGCCACUGCCAAGACCUGUGCCUCGCCGAUAAAUUCGGCCAUGCAACCCCACGUCCAGUUUCUCCUCCCACUCAUCGCUCUUCUCUCUUUCACAACAGCAGAUCCGCAAGCUGUCGCCGCUGGAAGGGUUGCUACAACCUUGGCUGCAUCACAAUCUCCGACAGUUGGGACGUGGGGAAGCUUGUACACUGUUGGGACCGUGACGAGCGUAUCGUGGGUUGUCUUCACACAGACUUUUGCUUCGACUGCGCUAGGGACCUGGAGUCUGGGUGCUACACCGGCGGCUGGGAUAAUUGGAUUAGGGACUAUUGCAGGAACCGUGGGCUCUACGAAAGCAAAAAGGGCAAUGCCUACACCGGAGCUGGGAAGUGCUUGAGGAGAAAGGAGCUGAUACGGCGGAGAAUGGUAAUGAAUAGAAUGGAUGGCACACAACGGCCGAGAAGAAGGCACUCCAGUUCGAGAUCGUUCUGUUCAGCAUUUCAGCGACCUUUCAUCUGCAGCAUCAGGAUAUUUGGAGCGAUCAUUAGAUUUGACGACGAGACGGCAACGCAGUGCACGCUGUCUCCUUGUUUCUCGGUGCAUUGGAUGAGUUAGAGAGAUACCAUAGACUUGGUUGGCAUUUUUGUUGCAUUGAGGAUUGUUUGGAGUUGGAAAUCGUUGCUUCUGUCCA